UACAUCAGCUGUGAAGAGCCCCUACUCCCCUUGGCGCGCUGGCAGAGAGAGAGGGAGAGAGGGACAGAGAGAGAGAGAGAGAGAGAGAGAGAGAGAGAGAGAGAGAGAGAGAGAGAGAGAGAGAGAGAGAGAGAGAGAGAGAGAGGUUGGCUGGGAGUGGGAGACUGAGGGUGAAGAGAAAGUUUAAGCGUGAAGUAGACUAGGGAGAGGGGAAAAGUGGUUCCAGAACUUCGUCUGAAGGAGGUAGAAUAGAAUUUGUACCCGAGUGCCGUGCAGCAGGGCUCCUGCGGGUUUCUUUUUCAGAAGUGUAUUUUUAUCUGCCGUGAGCGUGCAGGCAGUUUGUAUUUGGAGCCGACAGCCAUGGCGGAUACAGGUCUCAAGAAGGAGCACAUAGUCCUCGCGGAAGUGCCGUACGACGAUGACGAGGUGGCUCUGGUGGGUGCCGCCAUGCAGCCGGCCCUGGACGAUGCCGAUGACGACGUCGACCCCGCCAAGAAGACGGGCCCGGCGCCAGACUCUGGGGGCAAGAGCGAGGCCCAGAUGAACGGGGUCAUGGUCCUCUCUCUGCUGGACAAGAUCAUCGGGGUGGUCGACCAGAUCCAGCAGACCCAGAACGGGCUGGAGGCCCGGCAGGAGGCCAUGGAGAAGUCGGUGUCCGCCAUCCAGGGGGAGCUGGGGAAGCUGUCCAAGAACCACGUCGGCACUGCCAACACCGUCAACAAGAUGCUGGACAAGGUGCGCAAGGUCAGCGUCAACGUCAAGACGGUGCGCAGCAACCUGGAGAAGCAGGCGGGCCAGAUCAAGAGGCUGGAGAGCAACGAGAACGAGCUGCUCAAGAGACGCAACUUCAAAGUCCUCAUCUACCAGGACAAAGUGAAGCCGGUGAAAACGCACAGCGCAGCGGAGACCGUGGUCGAAGGCCAAAGCGUGGAGGGCCUGGAGCAGAUACCUGAAGGACAAGAGGAGCCGGGCCACCUCAAUUUGGACGAGGAGGUGGAGAUCGAGGAGAUCGUCGAGGAGUCUCGCACUAAGCGCCUCCAGCGCACCACUAAGCAACAAAUGGACAACAUAAAGAAAGUCUUCUCCAAGGAGGAAAUGGAGAAGACCAAGUUGAAGACGAAGGAGAACCUGGAGAAGACGAGGCAGAGAACCCGCGACAACCUGGAGAAGACGAGGCAGAGAACCCGCGACAACCUGGAGAAGACCAAGCACAGCCUGGAGAUGAAGAUGGGCAAGCUGGGGAACCGCAUGACCCCCAACACGGAGCGCAGGGCGAAGAUGAAGAGCUCCAGAGAGAAUGCAAAGAAGUCCCUCACCCCCGACCACACAGUGUACGCUCGCUCCAAGACCAGCGUGUACCGCGUGCCCCCCUUCACCUUCCAUGUGAAGAAGAUCCGAGAAGGUGAGGAGGAGGAAGAGCAGGUGGUGGUGGUGCAGAAAACAGAGAUGGAAGAGGGAAGCGAGGGAGGCGAGGGCCAGCUGGGCGGAGAGGAGAACGGCCUGGGGGUGCACGUGGAGGUGGAGGAAGGGGAGCUGGUGAGUCUGGACAGCCCAGAGAUGGAGGCUCUGUUGGAGGUGACUGAGGACCGUCAGCUGGUUCGGAUGGAGCCGGAGGACCUAAAGAAGGCCCAGAGCGACUAGAGCGCGUCAGGGGGAAGAAAGAGGGGCGGAGUCUCAUCACGAGGACACAAUAUUAGUCGUCGGGAACUUUUCUAGACGUGGUCACAAUCGCUGACAUCACUUGUGUUUUCUGUUCUCUUUUUACUGUACCCAGCAGGGAUGACUUUCAUAUCGCCUCCUCUUUAGCGUAACUACACAUAAAAUAAAAAAAAUUAAAAACAAAGCUAGGUUUUUGGAGCACGCUGACUCAAAGUGUUUUGCUGUUUUGCCGUUGGUUUGAUCAAUUGAGUGGCUGUUAGCAUAGAAAAUAGCCUUUGCUAGUGAGGAUGUGAUGUAUGAUCUAAUAUCUGCCAUGUUUGAUAUGCACAUUAGUAGGUCAGGUGAUGGGAAGUUGUUGGUUGGAUGGUUUUAGAAACGUGAUAUGCACGAGUGAAACAAAGAAAAUAGAGAAGGGGGCAAGUGGCAGGGCAUAGAUGUUAUUUACUCACUCAACCAUUGCGCUAAAUGUAUCAAUAUAAUGUACAUGAGUUCAAAUCGAUGCAUAAUGUCUGAAAAUUGAUGUUGUGCACAUCUAAACGCUGAGAAAAUAAAAGAAAUCACUCAUAGAUAGCACAGCAAUAAAAAGCAAAUGUUGCUGUUGUGAACCUUUCUUAAGAUAAAAUGUCUUUUUGAUGACAAGGCUGCAAGGUAUAUCAUGUAUGUACACGUUUUGUGCUUUGAUUAAAAGAUAAAGGAUUGUGAAA